ACGACCUUAACGUGACGUCUCACUCUCUUUAGGUCUCUUCUCCGGCACCGAUUUUGCUCAGUCUCCGCCGAUUUCGCCGCUGAAUCACAGAGAAGGGUGAGGAGAAUUUGAAUGGCGCCUAAAGGAAGAAAAAGGAAGGCUGGAAUGAUGAGAGAGGAUGCAGCACGAGAUGCCAUGAGAGCUUAUGGGUUUGCAGAGCGUCUUAUCAAUCGGUGUAUUAAGGAAUUGCUUCAGGUGUACGGUCAGGAGGGCUGGUUUCUGAUUGAAGAGUCUGGUUACCUGGUGUUGUUAAACAAAUGCCUUGAACAGUCAGAAGAACAAAACAAAAAAAUGGCUGAAGAAGAUGAGCAAGAAGAAGAAAUGGCUGAAGAUGAACAACAAGACCAUGAGAUUGCUGAGGCAGAACAAGAACAAACACCUCUGCAAGAAGAAGAACAGGAGCAAGAACAGGAACAUGAGAAGCAAGUUGAGGAAGGAAGAGACCAUGUCGGUAGCAACUCAACAUCUUUGGUGGGGUGUGUUCCCGAGGCAGGUACACAGACUUGUCAGACUGAAGCUUUGUCGACCACUAGCCAGACAGAGAUCUUGGACUCAUCACCAGCAGGAGAAGCUUCAGUGAUAGACUUUGCAUCACCAGUAGCAUUUCCAUCAGGAGGUUUUGCACAACAUUCAGCUGCAGGUGCCAAGAGUUCCGGACGUGGUGGCUGGAUAAGUGAUGAGGAUGAUGAUGAGGAUCCGGAUCCAGAUGCUGAUAGUGAUGGUGAUGAUGAUGAGAUAAUUCAGCUGACUCCAGAACCGCUUUGUGAAGAGCUUGAAGAGCUGGUUAAGAAGUUACGUGGGGAAGAGAAGAGGAAGAAGACUAGGUGGGGAAACUAAGAAGUCAUGAGCUUUAUGAAAGUAGCGUCAAAGCUCAAGUAGAGUGAAAGAGUCAGUAGUAUUAGGACAACUACGGAGUCAUGAGCAGCUCAUGUAAGUAUCUAAGAAGUAGAGUUAAUGAAUAAUUAGUAUUGGUGGUAAAAAGAUAAUAUGACCCGUUUAUCUUUACACCUAUGUGUGGGUCUUAUCAGGAUAUUGCUUUGAAACUUAAAUAUUUGUUCUUAGUUAACGUUGAAGUAUAUUUUGUUAUUAAGUCAGUUGCAU